CCUUGACGGCUCACCCAGUUCUCAGGGUUGUCUGCCGCAAUGUUGAAGCACAAACCUCCCCCAUGAUUCAAGUUCAGAGACACUUUCUAUCUUCACUAUGAUACCCUUUGAAUUGAGUACGCUCUGUUAUACAGAAUACCGCCUGUAACCUUGGCCCAGAAAAUCAAAACACCCGCCAAGCGUCUGUUACGUACUUUUUAGUGAGCAUCACAAAUGGUGACAGUCUCAUCUCAGUUCUGGUACGCUGUGACUAAUAAGAUAUCAUUUGUAUUUACCCCUUUUCACUGCCUCUCUUCCCCUCAAUAGUCCUAUUGCUUGCCUGCUGCGAGGUGAAGUGUCAUAAAAGUACGGAGUAUUUAGUCCUGUCCAAAAUACAUCAUCAACCCUAACCCUUAUCACGCCCGCGCAAUCACCUGCUGUCGCACGAGCUAUGCCUAACCUCCAACAAUGCGCGUCAUUCGCAGCUCUGGAGGUGUCUAUUUUCUGUCUCUUCUGCCGUGUUAUAGCCUCCUCCGUCGCAGCUCCAUGGCCCUUAAGUCUCCGCAUUGAUCCAUCAGAUUGUUGGGGUAAGCUGUUCUGUUCCUCUGGAUAUCGAUGCUGCACAUCCCCUCUCCACCGCCGCGCCAGCUCAACACAGCGAGGAAGCUGGGUAUCAAUCUCCGCCCGGGACAGCUAACACCGCAACCGCAAACCUAUUACCACAUCUCGCGCCCGGCGCGGCGCGCAAACACACACACAAUAGUAAUAGCCGUCCGCCACGAUGCUGUCCGCAUUCACGGCUCGGCCCAUCAUCGAGCUCAAGCAGCGGGACAAGUCCAAGAUUGAGUCCAUCUUGGCUUAUGGCGACCGCGUGCUCGUCGGCCUCAACACCGGCUCCCUUCGAAUCUACCGAGUAAACGACAUCCCACCACCAUCCGAUCCCCCAAACCACCCCCCCUCCCAAACCUCCACCAGCCAACCCUCCCACGAUGAACCACCACCAACACCACCACCACCCCAAAAACCAACCGACCUCCUCCGCGAGGUAGAAAAGUUCUCCCCCCGCGCCAUCGAGCAGCUGGCCAUCAUCAAAGGAGCCAACACGCUAGUCUCCCUCUCAAACUACACCGUCUCCCUCCACGACCUCCAAACCUUCUCCCCCAUCGAAGCCCCCCUCUCCAAAACAAAAAACGCCUCCACCUUCGCCGUAACAAGCAACGUAGUCCAGGACCCGUCAACAGGCGUCCCAGAGAUCAUCUCCAGGCUCGCCGUGGCUGUAAAACGCCGGUUGUUGCUCUGGUCAUGGCAGGAGAGCGAGCUAUCCCCCGAUGUGACCGAGAUACUACUCUCGGAAUCAAUCCGGUCACUAACCUGGGCAAACGCCACCAAGAUCGUCUGCGGCAUGAACGGCGGGUUCGUCAUUGUAGACGUGGAGACGGGAAGUAUAGAGGAUAUCGUCGGGCCAGGGGCGAUCGGGACGACGGGAGGGGGGGGUGGGACGGGACGUUUCGGGUCGGUGAGCGCUACUGGGAUGUCGUAUAUGGGAUUGGGGAGUUACAUCCCUAAGCCGCUGUCUACCAAGCUCGCGGAGGGCGGGUUGUUGCUCGCAAAGGACAUCAACACUUUAUUCAUUGACGAUUCCGGGAGGGCGCUGGAGAAGCAUCAGAUCCCGUGGCAGUCUGCGCCCGAGUCGAUCGGGUACAGCUAUCCAUACAUUCUGGCUCUGCAGCCGCCGGUGAAGGGGACGCUGGAGGUGCGCAACCCUGACACGCUGAGUCUACUGCAGACGAUCAGUCUCCCUGGUGCGGCGGCUCUGCACUUCCCCCCACCGACGGUUAGUGUCCAGCACACGGGCAAGGGAUUCCACGUCCUGAGCGAUAGGGCAGUGUGGAAAAUGGAAGCGACGGAUUACGACUCGCAGAUUGACGAGCUGGUCAAGAACGGGAGGCUGGACGAAGCGAUCAGUGUGCUCGGCAUGCUGGAGGACGCCUUGUUGAAGAAUAAGACUGAGACUAUGAGGGAGGUCAAGAUGCUAAAGGCGGAGGUGCUGUUUAAGCAAAAGAAAUACAGGGAGUCGAUGGACCUGUUCAGUGAAGACGAGGUGGAUGCCCCGCCGGAAAGAGUCUUGAAGUUGUUUCCCAGGAUUAUUGCGGGGGAUUUGUCGGGUGUGGAGGAGCAGGAGGAGCAGGAGGAGCAGCAGCAGCAGGAGGAGGAGGAGGAGGAGGAGAAGAGGAAGAAGAAGGAUGAUUCUGAUCAUGAGGGGAGUACAGUUGGGAAGCACUCGGAGCCGGAGGUUGUCGCCUCUCCUCCCAAGGCUGGCGGGGGGGGGUAUUUGAUGGGACAUCGGAAGCAACAGCUUAAUCCUGAGACUGCUUCUGUCGCCUCUUCGCGGCGGACAACACAGGAUGAUGACGCGGCUAGUGUUAGGGGGCGAUCAAGCGAGGACCAUCACGCACAGGAGGAGAAGGAAAAGGAUUUGAAGAAUGCGGUUCUGGAACUGAAUUCAUAUCUUGCUGGUGCCAGGGCGAGGUUGCAGAGGGUGAUUGAUCCUGCUACGGGGAAACUGAAGCCGAGGAGGGCCCGGUCGGAGAUGCUCUCCGCCUCCCAGACGGCUGCUCAGGAGGAUCUGACGCUUUCUUCGCGGCAGGUGGAUGAGUCGGAGUUGCAGCUCGCGGCGGAGCUGCAGCACACAUUCAAGAUUGUGGACACGACGCUGUUUAGGGCGUUCAUGUACUCGCGUCCGCAGCUGGCGAGCUCGCUGUUUCGGAUACCGAAUUUUUGCGAUCCGGAUGUGGUGAAUGAGAGGUUGGUGGAGCAUAAUCGAUUCAAUGAGCUGGUUGACUUUUUCUAUGGCAAGAAGCUUCAUCGGGAGGCGUUGAAUCUCUUGAGGAAGUUUGGGAGCUGUCCGGAGCCGGAUGAGGCGGCGCCGGGCUUGCAUGGGCCGCAGAGGACGGUGGGGUAUCUGCAGGGGUUGCCGCCGGAGAUGAUUGAUGUUAUCUUGGAGUUUUCCGAGUGGACGCUGAGGAAGGACCCGGGGUUGGGGAUGGAGGUUUUUUUGGCGGAUACGGAGAAUGCGGAGACGUUGCCGCGGGAGAGGGUGGUGGAGUUUUUGAGGGGGGUUGAUGUGGCGUUGGAGACGAGGUAUUUGGAGCAUGUCGUUGGGGAGCUGGGGGAUGGGACGCCCGAGUUUCAUAAUCGGUUGGUGGAACUGUUUGUGGUGCAGCUGAAGGAGGGGAAGAAGAAGGAUGGGGAGUGGGAGGGGUUGAUGGGGAGGUUGGUGAGGUUUUUGAGGGAGAGCAGGCAGUAUAGCUUGGGGAGGGCGUUGAGCUGGAUUCCGAAGGAGGGUGAGUAA